CAAUGUAUCAUGGUGCCCCAGCAUUUGGAUUGAAUUGUCAAUACCAUAAAAGGAGAUGAUGCCAAUGUGUGUGUCCCCUUCCAUUGGCACCAGGUGUUAGCUCCUCAGCUAGUUGCUUGUCCCACACCACAUCUUUCUUUCUCCUCCCUUAUUAAGCUACUAGAUGCUGCUAUUGCUACAUCUCCACAUGCACCAUCUUAUCUCAACUCCUUAGAAUUCCCACUCCUCUUCUUCUUGUUCUUCUUGCUUCCCUCCAACUUCUUCUUCUUGUUGUUCUUGCUGUUCUUGUGGUUCUUGGCCUGCCAUCGGCGGCGAGCAUGGCCAGGAAAUGCUCCAGCUGCGGGAACAAUGGCCACAACUCCAGGACUUGCACCGGCCAAAGGAGCCUGCAGGAGAGUGGCGGCGGUUAUGGCGGCGGUGGCGCCGGUGGCGUGAGGUUGUUCGGGGUGCAGUUGCACGUCGGCGGUGCGCCUCUGAAGAAGUGCUUCAGCAUGGAGUGCCUAUCGUCGCCGUCGCCGUCGCCGUCGCCGGCGUACUACGCCGCGGUCGCCGCCGCCGCCUCCAACUCGUCGCCGACCGUGUCGUCGUCGUCGUCGCUGGUGUCGGUGGAGGAGGCCGGCGAGAAGAUGGCCAACGGGUACCUCUCCGAUGGCCUCAUGGCGAGAGCUCAGGAGAGGAAGAAGGGUGUUCCAUGGACUGAAGAGGAGCACAGGAAAUUCCUGGUAGGGCUCGAGAAGCUCGGGAAAGGCGACUGGCGCGGCAUUUCCCGGCACUUCGUCACGACAAGAACACCGACGCAGGUGGCCAGCCAUGCCCAGAAGUAUUUCCUCAGGCAGAGCAGCCUCACGCAGAAGAAGAGAAGAUCCAGCCUCUUUGACGUGAUUGAGGAUGCAGAAAAGGCUCCGAGUGUGAAUGAACGUCUGAAACUGAGACACGAGACAGCCUCUGUGCCUGCUGAAAUGGGAUUCCCUGCACUGUCACUGGGUAUCAGCAGCAUGGCACAGCCAGAAGCCAUGCUGCUGCCUCCUCCAUCCUUAACCCUGACGCCAAGCUGUUCAUCACCAGCAGUGAGCAGCAGCAGCAGCGAACAACCAAGAACAAUCCAUCCUUCUCUGAUGGUGGCAAAGCCUCAGGUGCAACUGCAACUCCAGCCACCUGAUCUGGAGCUCAAGAUCUCGACUGUCCGUCAGAACGAUCAGCCCAGUUCGUCGCCGAGGACGCCUUUUUUGGGGACAAUCAGGGUCACUUGAACUUAAAGAGAGAGAGAAGAAGAAGAAAAGGAAUUAUCUUAGAGAUUACUGAAUUAUUUGUGCCUAAAAGGAGAAGCUUUUGCUAGUGGUGUAUGUGUGUGUCCCCUUGGCAAAAACACAAUGCCAUCUUCCACCAUGUAUCAUUUUUAUAAGGCUAUUAGGAAGUGAAGCUUUUACUGGACUAAUCUAGUCUUGCAAAUAAUAAAAGGAACGGCUGCUACAUGCUCCCUCUAGCCAUCACCUUGAUUGGCUUCUUUAUGUUGACACAAAGGAGAUUCAAAAAGAGUUGGUUUUUGGUUU